CCACGGACAGUUUUCUGUUUACACGAUCACAACGUGGGUUACUGACAGAACUUUGUUGGCAUGUUAGGGAGUAAAACCAAAAGUCACUAAUAUCAGUUUUUCCUGCAUAUUAAAAUGGGUAAAAAGCGCGAAAACGAAGUCUCGGUGGAGUCAAACAUUCCGCUGAAAAAAGAAGUCUCGGAGUUCAAUGGGACUGUAUUUAAAGCCAUGCUGAAGGAACCAGCCACAGUCAUGAGAGGACUGGAGAGAUUCGUUUCCACCGCUAAGAAGCUGCCAUGCUCUGAUCUGUAUGAUGUGGUGGAAGGAUAUAUUAAAAUUUCUAUGGAGUGUGCUGAAAUAUUCAAAUUGCUAGAGAGAGAAAAGCACGUAGAGACUGAGAUGAUGCUGAUCUUUGAGAGCUUGGAGAUGAUCCUCCUCCGGACAGCCAGUGACCUGUCCCACUUCAGCAUGGUGGGCAAUGCUAUUGUGAAAAAGAUUGUUUCUAGCCACGUGAAACUCCUGCAGGGAUCCUUCCAAUCAGAAAAUCACAGGUUCGUCCGUCAGUGCCUCAGUCUCCUGUCAGCCUUGGUGUCUCAGGGUCAAGAAGCUGCAAGAGAUGUCCUGAGUAACAUUCAAGUCAACAAAGCUCUGUCUGGACUGGCAAAGAGAAGGGAUAAGAGGGGAAGACCUGAUGUCCGCAUGGCUUAUAUCCAGUUUGUGCUGUCCUUUUUGGUGUCUGGAGACAAUGCUACAGUUGGACAGUUAUUAGAAAUCAAAGAACUCCUACCAGAGAUCCUGAGUACGGGUGUGAAGGAGGACAGGAUGUCUAUCGUCAAUCUGAUUUUGUCUACACUGAAGACAAGAGUGGUGAUAAACAAGGGCAUAAGUAAGACACAGAAAGUGCGUUUUUUCACACCUGUUGUAUUGGCCAACAUAGCAUCUCUGUAUAAAUGGAAUGGGAUUGAGGAUGCAACCACUGAUGAUGACAGAAUGGUAGACGACUCGGAGCAUGCUGGGCAAUCAGUCAUUCGGGAACUUGUUCACAGUUUCCUUCUUGACAUUUGUUGCUCUCGUAAGCACGGCAUCAGCUUUCAUGAUGCCAGCUUUGGCACAGCUGGCAGAGCUGGCAACAUUGUCUUGCUUCAGUUCCUGGUGGGGCAGAAGCAGGCCACAGAGGAUGAGUUGGUGACGGAGCUGGUGGUGAAUGUGUUGAAAGCUACCCCUGACAUGCUGGCCAGAUACUUUCAGGAGACGCAGUAUUCAUAUACCCCCCGCCUCAAAAGUGCUUGGCAGGACAAUGUCAAGUUACUUAAAAAGAUCUACGAAGCCCAGCCAGAGAUUUCCACAGUCUUCCAAACUCGUGAAGUCGUCCCUCUCCCUCGCCUGCUGUCCAUGAUCAUGGUGGUUUCUCUUCCUCCGGUCUGCAACAAGGCCUUCUUCACACAGGGCCUCACUUUUGCCAACACAGGUGUGCAGCUCACCACUCUGUCCAUGAUGAAUUUCAUCUUAAAAAGAGCCAAUAGGAACAUGAACUACCUUUUGGAUAAGUCCGAGUGGCACAGCGCGGAUGGAUACACUCUGGAAAUGAUGGGGGAUUUGGUGCUGCAGUACAGGGAGAUUCUCAGCAAGAUUCUGCCAGAUAUGACGAGCAUAGUUUCCAAGUGGCAGUCACUUAGCAAGAAAGAAAAGACGGAUGGUGACGAAAAAAAGACAAAAACUGAAGGGGUCGCUGAGCAGACGACUAAUAAAAGCGAAGUGCCCGCAGUUGCUGAGACAGCCGAGGUAAUUCUGCUGAAGACUCUGAUUCUCCAAGUCAUCUGUCUCUACCAGAAAGUCGUGCCACAUCUGGUUAGCCAGUGCAAAUUUGAUUUCAGCAAGCUCUUAAAAGGGAUUGUGUCUGAGAAAGGGAUGAGGGAAGAAGUUCCUCCAGUUUUGCAGUAUCAGAUUCUGCAGUUGGCCUUAGAUCUCCCUGCAAGCAAGUUCUCCUGGUUUCGCAUACAGGAUGUCGACACCGAAUCAUCAUCUGGAGAGAAGUCAGUACUGUACCUGCUGCUCAUGAUGUUUGUCAGCAGCAGCAGCAGCCACCUGAAGAGCUCCACACGACUGCUGGUUCUAAAAUGGGGAAGGACAGAUGGAUUUGGAGUUCGGGGGCCGGUUCCUCUGAGUGAAGACCUCAUCAUCCAGACCUUCCCCUUCAGUGUGGGUCCCGCUGCACUGGAGGCUCGUAACAAACUGCCAGCAGACAAGGGGGUGGUACAUGAGUACUUGUCUGCGGUGCUUUCAGAUGUGUUGCACUGUCAGAGAGAGCCUCUCCCGCUCUGCCUGGCUCUGCUGCAGUACGAUAAAGAGCUCGUGUCCACAGAACUCUCCGCUCCUCCUCAUCCCUCCAUCAUACACCUUCAUCAGUAUUACUCCAAAUGGCUUCCUCAGCAAAGCCGAGAGGAACUGUUCAAAUCCUCUGAACACCAUUCAAAGGGAUCCUCGACCCCCAUUUCAUUCAGCGCACUGAUGGAGUCUGCAUAUAGCCAAGGUCCAAACGCUCUGCUAGAGGACGCAUUCAGGAAGAAUGUGGAAGGAACUCUAGCUUCAAUGUUGAUUGAUGAUUUUCCAGUAGCAACUAAGCAGAUAUUACUCUACAUAAGAUCAACAGUGGAAAACCUUGGCACGUUCCCCAAAGACAUAGGAACCGCCCCUCUGAAGACUUUAAUGGGAAUACUCCAUGAUUUGGUGAGCAAGCUACAAGGCUUACAGGAAUCUGCACACUCUGAGCCAGCAGCAGCAGCAGCAGCAGCAGCAGCAGCAGCAGCAGCUGAGAACUCCCAGGAAGGAUCAGACCUCUUCCUAGAAAGCAGCCAGUUGUCCACAGCAGAAGCCAAUAAAGAGCAGGUCCUCUUUUCAGUCCUUGGCUCCAUCUUCAAGCAUCCGUGUUUGCAGCAGUGGUUUCUGGCUCUGGAGCUGGCUGCUCUGCCUCCUCACACUCUGAACCCUGUCAGGCUGAAGCACAUGUGCUCUCAGCUGAAUGAUGACAUUCUGACCUUGCUGAAGACAUGCUCCCCUACUCUAAGUGAUCUCGGUCACAUGGAGCUCAGUUGUAGCUAUAUGGAGGCGAUAGAGAAAGCUGUGCUCAAGGAACUGAUGGAAAAGGGCUCCCAGACACCAAAGAAGCACUCUCGACCUUUCCAAGCCCUCCUGUCUCUUCACAGCUUCAUGGACUCCUGCAACCUCAGAGAGGUGGUUUCCAAGUUGCUACUCCUCCCCCACGGGAGCCUUAUCUCUCCUAGUAGUGAGGGCGCACAGGCCGAGCUGAGUGUCUAUGGUCAUGCAGCUCUGCUCAUCCUCACAGAGUCUAAAGCUAACCCUUCCAAGGACCACGGCAUCUUUCUGUCUCAGGCCCACCUCCAUGGCCUGAGCACCCUGCUGCUGUCCUGCUCCAGCCACGCACUGGAGGCCUUCCUGCUGCAGACUCUGUCCACUGAGCCAGGCAGUGCUAAACUCAUCCACACAGAUGUGCUGCUGCACUGUCUCCAGUUUCCUCUCCCAGACUCCCUUUCCAUUAGCUCUCUCCUGCUGCAGAACUGCUCCACACAUCGCCUCUGCUUUGAAAUGUGGUGUCUCGAGCCAGCAAACAUGGAGAAGCUCUCAGAGCAGACGGAAACAUUCCUUCCACUUAUCAACACCUACCUGCAGGUGGCAAGAAGAGAGGAUCCCGCCAGGCCACAAGAAGUGCAAAAAGAGGUUGUAAAGGCUUUGAAGCAAGCGCUGCUGGCCAAACUGUCCCAAUGUGUUCUGGGAAACCUGACUGAAGACUCUGGUGCCCAGGUGACUGAAACACUAGCCAAUCUGAUCAGGCUGUCAGCCAACAUCAAGGACACUAAGAGCUUGAUCAACACACUGCCCGAUGCUCUUCAAAAAGUUGACAGUUUUGAAAGAUGGCAACUAGUUGAUGCUGUCACUGAGAAACUGGAUGGUUGCCCAGAGGAACAAGACACCUGGAGGAAGUCAGUCACCACGGCUGCCCUCAAGUGUCUCAUCGCGGCCUACAGUCAUUCUAAAGAUCUGGCUACUGCCCGUUUGGAGCAGGAGCACAGCAUCCUGGAGAGACUGCAAGGACUGCUCACAUCAGCUGAAGACAUCGCUGCAUCCGAAUGGAACAGUUUUAUCAAGAAUGGACUGAAAUAUCGGUACAGAGAUCACCACUAUCUGAACACUUUGAGCCACUUGUUGGGAGUGAUGUACGGUGGCACUGAAGUCCAGAAGGACCUGAUUCCUUUAACCACCCUUUACAUGAUGACAAGCAGCCAUUCUCUGUUCCUGCCCACCAUGUUGGAAGAUGAUGAAGAGCACAGCUGGUGUCAGGCUAAAGAAGCGUUAGUGUCCCUACUUCUCUCUUUGGUGAAGAAAUGCCCUGUUGUCUGUAACACCAAUCAAUUUGUCGUUCUUUUGGGAGCAUAUGGAGUUACCCUGAAUAAUUCAGAUCAGAAACUAUUACUGCUCCUUCAGGAAUAUGAAAGAAACGAUGUCAGUCUGCUGAAAUUUCAAUCCUUCCUGUGGGGCCCGGCAGCUGUGGAGCACCACAAGACCAGGAAAAGCCUCGGAGCUUCACUGUGGAAGCAAGAGAGCUUCGAGGACCUGUUGGCCCUGCUUAACGCCGACAGGAUGCUCCAAACCAUUGCACACUUUCCACAGCAUCGCAAAAUCAUCCUGCAGGUCCAUACUUUUAUUUUUUACAUCUGA